AUGGCCACUCGGGUGCUUCAGGCGAAUCUCAACCGCUGUGCCAGGGCCCAGGACCUGUUUUUCCAAUCCCUGGCGCAGUGGAGGAUAGGUGUUGCUGUGGUGGCAGAGCCUUACUCGAUCCCUCCCCGCGAGGAUUGGGUGGGUGAUUUGGUCGGUUCCGUGGCUCGUGUGGUAAGAACGGCGACUGGUGGUUUGCCGCUCACUAAUGUCAUCAGGGGAAGGGGAUACGUGGGGGCCCUUUGCGGUGAAACUUUCUACAUCGCAACGUAUUUUGCGCCCAACCGCCAGCGCCGCCGCCGCCGUCUGGUUGAAUUCGAGCAGUUCCUGGACGAAUUAGGGGCUCGAGUUGCUCAACUCCACCCACGUCCGGUCAUCGUUGCUGGGGACUUCAAUGCCAAAUCCACGGCUUGGGGUUGUCCGCUGACCGACGCGCGAGGCGCGACCCUGGAAGAAUGGGCUGUGGCGAUGGGCUUGGCAGUUAUAAACCAGGGAACGGCAGACACGUGCGUGCGACAACGGGGCGGCUCCAUUGUGGAUAUCACAUUCGCCAGCGUCGCCCUGGCGCGCCGUGUCCAAAGUUGGGAGGUCAUGGUGGGGGUGGAGACGUUGUCGGACCAUCGCUACAUACGGUUCGACGUCGCCACUCCUUCACUGACCCCAGACAACUUAGGUCGGAUUGGUCCGGUCGGGGGUGGCCCAAGAUGGGCCCUCACUAAACUUGACCGCGAACUGCUCAAGGAGGCGGCUAUCAUUCAGGCCUGGUUGCCCGUACAGGAGGAGGCUGUUGCGGUAGAGGAGGAAGCUUCCUGGCUCCGGGAGGCCAUGACACACGUUUGUGACGCGGCGAUGCCCCGGGCCAAGCCCCUACCGCCAAGAAACAUCAGUGUACUGGUGGUCCGCCGAGCUCGCGCAGAUGCGCGAGGGCUGCAUAGCCGCGCGGCGCCAGUACAUGCGUCAGAGAAGGCGUAG